CCCAGUCCAUGUUAGGAAGUGUCCCCGGAGGAGUCGGAUUCAGCCGGACGCUCACACACACACACUCACACACUCCCCGACCCCGGCUCCGGAUCGUAAACAUUACGCGCUCCUGCUCGCGCUCUCCGGCAUGGCUCAGGCCAAGAUCCAGGCGAAGAUGAACGAAGCGUCCGCCUGCAGCAAGUUCAGCAGGACGCUGUCCAUGGCGGACCGCUCCGGACGCCUGCUGGAAAGUUUGGAUCAGCUGGAAAUGAGGGUGGAGGCGCUCCGCGAAGCGGCAUCGGCCAUGGAGCAGGAAAGGGAGUGCAUCCUGGAAACGAUCCAGUCUCUGCAGAACAGUCAAGAAAUGCGCAACAUCUGUGCUGGCGAGAGAGAAGAGUUAAGCCUGACUGCAAACCGUCUGAUGGGCCGAACGCUGUCUGUAGAGAUCUCUGUCGGCACAAUCAGAAACUCCCAGCAGGAGGAGGCCCUGAAGAAGGCUCAGUCGAUCAUCGAUGAAAUAGUGAAGAAGAUCCUGGAUGACAUGGACGGAGGGCGGCAGCGGCUGCUGACGCUGCUGUCGGCCUGCGUGUCCGAGGCGCCGCCCGGCCCCGUCGACCAGAAGUUUCAGGCCAUCGUGAUCAGCUGUGCCCUGGAGGACCAGAAGAAGAUCAAACGGAGGCUGGAGACGCUGCUGAGGAACGUUGAAAACGCAGAAAAAAACAUCAAGAUCAUGGAUCACCAGAAACUAGGGGAUCCAGAAGCAAAUGGAAGUCAAUAAAACAAGUUAAAAAUGCCACUAACUUCACUGAGAAGUACUGUAAUCUUCCACUAACACUCAUGUAAAGUCAUGAAAAGUCCCCGAUCGACAAAAAGGAGAUUUUAAAGUUUUUUAACAAACUAACUAAAAUGAUCUUUUUCAUUGACCUCACUUUUUUUUACUUAAUUUUUUUUACACAAUACAAACACAACGCAUGUUCACAUGUCCACUGAAGAUGUGAAAACACUGCCUGCAUUAGAAGUUGGAUCACUGUUUGCCUAAAAAGCCAGUGCUGAUAAGGAAGUUAAGCCUGAGGACUCUACUGGUGGAUAUUAUUAAAUGAUGUAGUGUCAAAACGAGUUUUUUAGGUUCAAGUGACGUAUUGAGACAGCAGCGCUGGACUAUAUCACUGAAGGUCUUUUUCUAUUUCAUCGACUCCGUCUGGGUGACCGUUGAUGAUUCAGGGUGUGCAUACGCUACCUCUCUGUGUGAAAACAGCACAAGUCAUGCUAAAGUGUGGGUGUUAUGUU